UGGAGGGGCGGGGGAAGCCGCUCCUCUCAGCCUGCAGGCGGGAAACGUUCCUGCGGGCGCGCUCGGGGUGGGCGGGACUGCUUCCCGCACUGCGCUUCGUUCCCCUCGCGCGCCGCGGGGUCCGUGCUGCGACGGGUGUGUCGCCCGCUCCUUCCGCGAAGGGGAAGUGGCCCGGCCGGAUGCACGGGACGCGGAGGGUGACUUCGCGCGCUUCUCUGGUCUUUCCAGAUCUCGGUUGCUUUCUGGGGGUCGAGCGCCUGUAAGCCCUGGGGGUCUGUGACGUCCCGCGCGCGUCCUCGCCGAGCCGUGUCGGAGGGUCCCGCGUUCCAGCUGCGGCGCCCUUCCCAUCAGGUGGCGAGUGGCGGCCGGGCGGGCUUGCUGCGCCAGGCGUCUGUGUCCCGCGGAGGAGCCAGCAGUCAUUGUGUAACGCUGGACUGGGAAUCAGAAGACCUGGUUUCUAAUCCCUGUUCUGUCACUAACGAGCUGUGUGAUCUUUGAAGCUUAAGUGAAAAUGGUACAUGUUAGAAGACGUGAAACAAGGAGUAAUUCUAAAACUCAAGAGCAUGAACAGAAAUCUCGAGUGGAUUGGAGGCGGACUAAAAGAAGUAGUCUCUUGCAGUUAUGUGAGAGUGAUGACGAGCUUGAGAGUGGUGACGAGCUUGAGAGUGAUGAAAGUGCUGACAGUAAUGAAAGUGUUGACAGUGACGAAGAUCCAGACAGUAACAAGGGGCCUGAUUGCAUUAAGAAGCCAGAAAAUGAAAGAGAGCUUAAAUUAAUUAAUGUUGAAGGUGAAGGAAACAACAGUAAGCAUCUCACUAACACUGACAACAGUUCAAUAUAUGAAGAAGAAAAGAACAAAACUAAGCAUGGAAGUAUUGACUUAGCAGAUCAUGAAAAGGGUUCAGGUCAAGAGGAGGGUGAUCUCAACAAACACACUGGACAAAUAACAGAGGAGGAUUUAGAAGAAGAACACAUCAAGCGAGGGAAGAGGAGAAGGAUCUCUUCUGUGAUGUGUGACAGUGACGAAAGUGAUGACAGUGAUAUCCUAGUUAGCAAAGUGGGUGUUAAACGUCCACGUAGAGUGGUUGAAGACGAAUGUUCUUCAGUGGAGAUGGAGCAAAAAAAUCCUGAAAAAACUUCAGCCACAAGAAAGCGAGAACAGCUGCAGAAACUGAAAGAACUCUCAAAACAGAGAUCUCGUCAGAGACGUAAUAGUAGUAGAGAGUUUGAGGACUCUGAAAAGAAAUCCUCCCCCAGCAGUGAUGAAAAUGAUGUUGAGGAGGAAGAGGAAGAAGACAAUGAUUAUGAAUCUGGUGAAGAUGGAGAUAAUUAUAUUAUUGAUGACUUUGUAGUACAAGAUGAGGAGGGUGAUGAAGAAAAUAAAAGCCAACGAGGAGAACAAUUGACUACCUCACAACUGAAAUUAGUAAAACAGAAUUCUCUUUAUUCUUUUAGUGACCACUAUACUCACUUUGAAAGAGUUGUGAAGGCUCUUCUGAUCAAUGCUCUAGAUGAAUGUUUUCUGGGAACAUUAUAUGAUGGCACCAGGCAGAAAUCGUAUGCACAAGAUAUGUUGACUUCUCUUCAUUAUUUGGAUAACCGCUUUGUUCAGCCUCGUUUAGAGAGUUUAGUCUCUAGAAGUCGUUGGAGAGAGCAAUACAAGGAGCGAGUAGAAAAUUAUUCUAGUGUAAGUAUCCAACCGAGGAAUCCUGAGAACUGUUGCUGCCAGGCUUGUGGGCUGCAUCGCCACUGUACAUACUCAGUGCGUUUAUCAGGAAAGCUGUAUAACACCAGGACCAUGGAGACAGAUGAUUUCAUGUCACACGAUAAACAGGUGUUUACUGUUGGCAGAAUUUGUGCUGAGCGAACCAGAAUUUACCAUAAACUGAAACAUUUUAAAUUCGAGCUGUACCAAGAGUGUUGCUCCAUUGCAAAGACAGAAGAGGUUGAGGAUGAACAGGUUAAAGAAACAGUGAAAAGAAUUUUCAAUCAGUCAAGAAACAGUGGCUGGAUUAGAGAGAACAGUUCUUGUGACCUGAGAGUGAAGAAGCCUCUGAUGCCAGUCUGAGGAAAGGAUCUCGGCUGCCAGUUCUAAUACCACCCACAUCCUCUUCUUGAGGACAUGGGACUGAGCAGUGAGCACUCUAACUGAAGAUCAAGGGGAAUGCAGAGGUCUCAGGCCACGGCACUGAUUUUGAUUCCCCCAUAUCCUGUUGAUCACUAAAUUUGAUACCAAGGAUAAAGUGGGGAUUUUGAAGAGUGCACUGGAUUCCCGAAGAUCUGCUGGCAGCUCAUAAGCUCUGGUCUACUCACAGAGCUUUUAGAAUUGUUAUGGUACAUGGAAAGAAUGCAAGGAUGCUAACAUGAUUGCAGUCUUCUAAAGCAAGUCUAGUUACAUGACUGUAUAAGAGAGAACAGAUAGGAGAUUUUCAGGUAUCAACUCAGAUAGGAGUUGAUACUCAGAUCAACAGUAUAUUUAAUCUUAAAAAAAAAGCCUGGGUUAUUUAUAUCAUAGGGAAAUUUGUAAAAGAGGAAAAUAAAAAGAGCUUAGAGAGUAAACUUAUGAGCCAAGGGAAAGAAAAUGAGGACAAACAAAACAGGAACUUCUUAGGACGUGACAUGUCCCACAGGGGUGUCCUGGGCCGGAGAGUGCCAUCAAGACUGGUUUCCCUUUUGACAGUUAGCCACCCACCACAAACCACCAGCCGGGGAUCUCCUUGCCUGCUCCCCGCAUCUUGACUCUUCAGUCGUCUUGUUUUCAUUUUACUCUCUUCAGCUUUGUAUCUUUUACUUUGCUUCCAGUUCUCUCACUCACAAUUCUUUCCUCCCUGUCCUUCUCUGUGCUUUUUCAUUUGCUGUGGGGAAGAGCCAUCAUGUAGCCAGUAAGUCCCAACUUCGUUUUCCUCAGUGACAUGAAAUUCUUAAGUGCAUUUAUUGAUGCACUGAACUGUUACCAACCCUCUAGUGGCAUUAAAAGACCUUUUGGGACACCAAUUAAAAGAAUUAUGUACUAGGUGUAGCAAAAUCACUCUGCAUUGUAUACACUAUACAAUAAUUUUAUAUAUGGCAAAGAACAUUAAACUUCUUACAGAAAAAAGUAAAAGCAUUUCCAAAUCAUGUACCUUAGAGAAAGCUUAAUAAACUUUGUGACAACAGAAGGGACCUGCAAGAAGAAAGAGAUUCUUAAGAAAGCCAAGAGUCACAUUAUGCUUAAAAAAAUAACACAGCAUUGGGCAUUGAAAGUAUUUCAGGAUGGUGCAUAUUUAGGACAACAUGCAUAUUUUUUCACAUAAAAUACCAAAGAACUUCAUUUUCUUUUUGAGAGCCCUCCUACUUUAAAAAUAUUUGUCAGUAGAUAUUCUCAAAAGAUUUCCUGGAAACCAAACAAGUUUAUUA